CGAUUUUAUCUCCCACGUUAGAUUGUGUGUUUUAUAUUAUUCAUAAUGAACCUACAGCAUUUUCUAUAUUAAAUGAAGCCGGAGUUAUUGAUACAAUUCUUGUAAAUUAUGAGAAAUUAUUUUUACCAUCAGCUAAUUUACUUCUUUCAUUACCGGAAGUUCUUGGAGCAAUUUGUCUUAAUAAAGAAGGAAUGAAAAAGAUAAUUGAUCAUAAAUCUAUAGAAACUUAUCUUAUGACACUUAGUAAUCCUCAAUUUGCUGAUAAAUUAGUUAAAGCAAAUAUGUCUACUAGUUUAGGAUGUUCAUUUGAUGAAUUAGGUAGACAUCAUACAUCACUUAAACCAGUAGUACUUUCUGCCACUAAUCAAUUAUUACAAGCAUUUGUUAAGAAAUGUCCAUUACAAGGGGUUCAAUGGUAUAAUGAUACUUCACCAAUGUAUAAUUCUCGAUUAGAUGAAGUUGAAUUAAUCCCAAACAAUUCAACAAUGAAAGAUGUAAAUACUUGGGAUAAUUCAUCAAUGUCAGUUACUUAUGAUAAUCUUUAUUUCUUCUUAGGGGGACUUCUUCAGGAUAGUCAAUGGGGAUCAGCUGCUCUUGAAACUAUCCCAUUUGAACAAUGGCUUUCAUUUUUGGAAUUAGAUGCUCCUUAUGAUUAUAUUCUUUCCAAUAGCUUUGAUCAACUUAAAGUGAUUCUUAAAUUCUUUGAUGAUGAAGAUCGAGCUUAUGGAUUACCGGUACUUAUUGCCAGUCUUAAUAAAUAUCUUAAACAUCCAUUGGUUCAAUCAUAUCUUAAUUAUACCAAUAAUGAUACUUCAUACUUUACUACAUUAAAUGCUUCUGAUGCAACGACUCUUGUUCAACAUCUUAAUGUUCUUAAUACCCUCAUUCGAGUUCUUUCCCUGACUCAUGUUAAUUAUACCAGCAUGUUUCAUGAACGAGUUCUUCAAAUUGUUCCAUUACUUGUCCAUCAACUGGUAGUCACUGAUUUGGUAAAACUCCUUGCAAGAUCUAUAGUUGAAGAGAAUGCUAUACGGUCUCGACUUCCGGAUAAAAUAGAACAAGCUACACGUCCAGUAGUUGAUGUAGGACCAAAUUAUCCUCCAUUACCUAUUUUCAGUCAGGAUCCCGAUAAGGAAACACCUCCGGAUAUUGGCGAUAUCCGGUAUUCGGCCAAGUAUAAGAAUGCUCUUCAACUUCGAUUUAUAAAUAAUCGACUUGAGAAUGGAAUUACUAAAGUUCUUAAUGCCGUUGGAAAACUUGCCAUGCAUAAACGUCAUGAUCAUAGUCUUGUGACUUGGCGUAGACAAGUGGUUGAACUCACACUUGAGUUGGGAGAGGCCUUAUCAGUUGAACUCAAUAAGCAGUUUGAUGAUGUCUACCUCCAACACUGUUAUAUUCUUAUCUAUGUCAAUGCCACUACGUUCAUUAUGUCACAAAUGGAACGAGGCAAACAGUACCUUGUGACUCCAUUGGCCAUUAGUGUCUUUCAAGCCGGAUUCUUUACCAAGAUUAGUGAAUGGGCUCCACAACUUUGGCGUCAUAUGCUUGAAAUGCCCGUUAGUGAUGUUCAAUCCACGAGUGAAAUUAAAUUUAUUAGUAUUGCUGAAUCCAGUAUAGUUCGAAAUGGAUUAAGUCAAAUCUUGGCACUUAUGGCUAAAGCAGUUAAUAGUGAUAGUUAUCUUAAUUUACCUGCUGCCAAACUCUUCUUUCAUCGAGGUUAUGGUAAAGAUAUUGAGAAUAAAGUUACAUCGGCAUUAUUAAUUCAACUUCGACUUAUAGCUGUAACCCUUCUUAAGGAACUAGUAGGUCCAGAUUCAUUAUCAGUAACUCCACAAUAUAUUGAUGUUCAUGGAGUUAUACCUACGCCAAUCAUUGAUCAAUUAGUGAAAAUAGCCGUCAAUGUCUACUUGGGAAAGAAGGAGUUUACGGAUGGAGAGUUUAUACCAUUAACUGUCAAUAAUGUAUCUCCACCGCUUGAUCAAGUUAACUAUUUAAUAAGUUUAGGAAUGCCUGAAUCUCAGGCUGAACAUUACUUUAGACAUGAUGAUGAUAUUCGUAAUAUUCCUAAGGGGAAUUGGAGUAUUUGUGCACAAAUGAAUAUUACUACUAGUCAAUGGCAGGAAUAUGCCAGUGCCAUUAAUGAAUCAGCUCCUGACUUUGACUUUGAUUUACCCCAUGAUCAGUAUCGUCCUUCGAGUCAACUUCGAUACUUUCGAUUGGCUGAAAAGGAUACGUUUGUCGUACAAUGGAUGGAAGUAGCCAAACAGUAUGCUAAGGCUGUACCUGUGAUUGCAGAGAUGUUUCUUCUGCUUUAUGUGGAUUCUAAAGAGAUUGUUCGUAGUGUAUUUGGAGUCAUGACCGAAGCCAUUGAACUUGAUAGAAGUAGUAUAGCUGCGGCGGCAUGUGUUCAUACUUUAAGUCAUAUCCUUAAGAAUGAACGAGCUAGUCGAUCCAAUAGUGGAGUAUUUGAACAAUUCCGUCAAGUCUAUGUUGAAGAAAUGACUGAUUCUCAAUCAUUUAAUGUUCCGUAUGCUCCAUAUGCUCUUGCCAUCAUUGAACAAAUGGUGGUAUAUAGUAUGGUACCUAUUGUAGAAGUGAGUAAUCAUGAAGAUCUCAAUUUCCAUGGACUGGAUGUACCUUAUAGACUCAGCACGUUGAGUAAACAGGAAGUAUUUGAAUCACUUUUGAGAAUAGAAUCAUUAACCAAUCGAGAAUCAGCUCUUCGUAUAGCUCGAUUACUUGUUUUGUUUAGUAGUGAUGAAGGAUUGGCUCGACAAAUUGCCAGUAGUUCGUUACUUAAGAGUUUGAUUCAAUUGAGUCAUAGUGUAGAUAAAGAAAAUGAAUGGAGAAGUCGAUAUAAUCUGGUGAUUGUGGUAGUCCUUCGUCAUUGUUUUGAAACCACUAAAGUACUUAAGGGACUCUUUGGAUAUGAUACACUUGUGCAAUUCCAAAACUCAACCAAUCGUGAGUUGAAGACAUGCUUAAAGGACCAGAGUCCAUUAAUGUUUCGUCUGUAUUCUACUUAUGUGGAUGUAGUGGCUCGUGAUAUCCGUCUUGAAGGGUAUGAUGGUAUUCCACCUAUACAUUUGAAUCGACUUAUGAUUGAACGAGUCAAAUCAUCACCAUCUCAAUCAGAAGAUGUAAUAAUGAGUGAACCCGAAGAACCAGAACUGACGGGGAUAAUGCAUAUUCUAGUGAUGGAACUUAUGAAUGUGGUUAAGGCUCCUGAUUGGCCAACUACCGAUACAAGUUAUCGAUAUGCCAGUCUGCUUUUGGCAAUGAUUAUUGAACUUGUAGCCUCAUAUAAGCAAGCCAAACUUGAAUUUGUCACCUUCUCCAAACGGAAACAAGAUGAUAAACUCAAGCCUCGACCUACGGCCAUUAAUUUCUUUCUUUAUCAACUUAUUCCUACGAAACUGUUGGAAUUAGGGGGUACUGGAGGUAAUGAAACUGAAUUAGAAAGACGUAGUCAAGUCAGUAAACUUGCUAAACUUGGCCUUUAUUGUCUUAUGGCUACUCCCAUCAUUGAUAGUGAGAAUUGUCCCGAUCCCAAACUGGAGAAUGGAGAUAUGGAAAGUAUUCGUCGCUUCUUAGUGGAACUUGUUCAUAAACUGAUUCGAGAAAUAGCCAGUCAAUCUGUUCUAGCCGUUCACAAGUAUUCUAAAUUACUUGAUUUAUUUGAAGUAUGUUGUGUUAUGCUUAGUCCAGAAUUUGAACAGAGUGGUAGACUCACCAAUAAACAGGCCGUUAAGUAUGAUCAAUACUAUGUGGGCCGAGCCUUUUCUGAUCGAAGUAUGGCCUCAAUGCUUACGGGAAUUAUCGCCACACUCGAUUUAAACUUUCCUGAUAUUGAAAGAGUGGCUAAAUCGGCUUUAAAACCUAUAAGUAUAUUGGCUAGAAUUAAAAGUAAAUAUUCCGAAUACUUUAGUGGAGAAGAUGAAGAAGUUGAACAACCAGUGCCGGAUGAGAAUGAUGAAGAUAUUCGAGAUGAUACCCCUGAUUUAUUUAGAAAUUCUUCCCUUGGAAUGUAUGAUGUGGAGUAUAGUGAAGAAGAAGAACUGGAUGACUUUUAUGAUGAAGAUGGACCAUUAGAAGUUGAAGAAGUUAGUGGAUCUGAUCUUUCUGAAAUAGAAGCAUUAGAGAAUGAUAGUGAAGAUGAUGAAGAGAUCUUGGCCGGACUUGAUAGUGAAGAUGAUGAUGAUGAAGAUGAAGAAGACGACGAUGACGAUGACGAUAUUGAUGAUGAUAGUGAGGAUGAAUCCAUUGAUGGAUUUACCAUUGAUAUUGAUCUGGAUGCUGAAUUGGAUGACAUUGAGAUCAUCGAUGAGCUUGAACUCGAAGGUGAAGGUGAAGAUGAAGAGGAUGUUCAUCAUCAUCAUCAUCAGCAAUCAAGUGAUAUUGAUCUGGAUGCUGAUGAGCCUCCUCGUACGGCACGGAUUAGACGAGACACUCGGAAUUCAUUCAUUGAACUGAAUGAUGAUGACGAAUCCGAAGAGGUUAGUGAUGAAGAUGCUCCUCCAUCGAUGUUUGAUGCUACUCUCAGACGAGGAUCUCAGGCGUUUGCCGUAUUACUUGAUAGUCUUGGAGGGAUAAGAGGAUCCAUUGAGAUUAAUGACCAUUCGGUGGGUCGGAACUCUCUUGGACGUGUAUUUGAAAGCAUAUUAAACCGUCAUGAUAAACUGGUCAGUUCAGGAUAUCGAGACGAAAUUCAAUCGACUAAAAUGAGAUGGUUAGAUACAUUUGAAAUGUUUUAUCCUUAUGAUAAAGAGGAUAUGGUGGCACGUGUGGGUGCCACUAUCUUCAAAGUGAUUGAAUCCGAUAGUUUAACUAUGUAUCAUGAGAAGCAAGCCGCUGCUGAACGAGCUCGUAAGGAACGUGAAGCACGAGUUCAGAAACGAGAGGAAGAAGAACGUCAAAGACGAGCUGAGGAAGAGAGACAACGACAAGAGGAAGAGGAAGAAGAAGAAGCAGGAACAAGUCAACUAGAUCCCGUGUAUGUGCGGAUAGGAGAACGAGAAGUGGAUAUCAGUGGUACGGAUAUAGAUCCCGAAUUCUUUGAAGCAUUACCGGAUGAUAUGCGAGAAGAAGUCUUUACUCAACAUGUUCGAGAAAGACGAGCCAAUGCUGCGAGAACAGGAGCCGAGACUCGAGAGAUUGAUCCGGAUUUCCUUGCUGCCUUACCGGAUCAGAUUCGGGAAGAGAUUCUUCAACAGGAGUCAUUUGGAGAUGGGUUUGAUGAUGAGUUUGAAGAGGAGGAAGGUGAAGAAGUGGAGCCAGUUGUUCCUGAGAUCACUAGUGAUAAAGAUACUAAAGGUCGGAAGAUUCUAUCAUCGCCACUUGUGGAUAAAGCAGGUGUCUAUGCCCUUGUCAAGCUUCUCUUUGCUCCUCUAACUCUUAGUUAUCGUCAUACGCUUUACUAUACUUUGGAAUGUAUCUGUCGUAACAAGCAAUCCCGCCUUGAAUUCCUUAAUUUGUUGGUGGCUAUUCUUCAUGAUGGACUCAGUAAUCAACGAGCCAUUGAGAAGGUGUAUGCCCAAAUCAGUGCUAAAGCUGUGGGGAAAGAAGAAGUUAAGAAAGCAGUACUUCCUACCGGUAGUACGAUCUUAUUUGUUAGUAUUCAAUUGAUAGAAGCUCUUGAUUUCAUCUUGGAACGGAAUGUUCAUUUCCGAUUAGUUCUACUUAGUGAACAUGAGAAUCCUUUACUCAAACGGACUAAAGCAGGCCAUAAGUUUGCGCUUAACUUUCUUCUUAAGCUUCUAGACAAUUCUUUACUUCGAAAUGAUCAAACGUUUAUGGAUAUCUUGGCUCGAGUUAUGGAAGUUUCUACUAAACUCUUACCAGUUCUUAGUCGACGUCCUGGAUUUGUGGCUCCUGCUAUUCCUGCCAAGAAUUAUCGACAAUUCAUUCAAAUCUUAACGGCUAAUGAAUGUUCGAAUGCUACUUUCAGACGGACUAUUAGUGCUAUGCAAAACUUAUCGGUACUUCCUCAUGCUCAGUCGGUAUUUUCUCAUGAAUUAUCCGAUAGAGCCACUAGUUUAGGUCAUGUAAUCAUUGGCGAUUUACAAGCCUUUUCUCGAGAUUUACAGGCUGAUAUCGAAAGUGCAGUGACCAGUUGUAUCUCCAAGUUUAGUGCUGCGCUGUCGGAUCAACUGAAACUCUUGCGGAUUCUUACUGCGCUUGAUUAUAUGUUUGAACUGAAGGAGAAGUCGGUAGAAGCAGAGAAGGAGAAGGAGAAGGAGAAGGCGAAGGAGAAGAAGGAAGAGGAAGAAGCAAAAGAGAAAGAGCAGGAGAAAGAGAAAGAAGCAAAAGACAAAGAAGUACCAACAAAGGCACCAGCAAAAGCAGUGGACGAGAUUGAAGAAUUAACAGGAUUGUAUCGGAAAUUGGCUCUUGGAAGUCUUUGGGAUGCCCUUAGUGAUUGUUUACGGAUUCUUCAAGAACGGAAUGAAUCUACUAAUGUUGCAGCCGCUUUAUUACCAUUAAUUGAAUCACUUAUGGUGGUUUGUAAACAUAGUAAAGUUAAAGAAUUAAGUAGUAAUCGAGAGAUUACGAAAUAUGAAGCUCGUCGUAUAGAUUUCACCAAGGAACCCAUUGAAAGUCUCUUCUUUUCAUUCACCGAUGAACAUAAGAAGAUUCUUAAUCAAAUGGUUCGAACCAAUGCCAAUUUAAUGAGUGGACCCUUUGGAAUGCUUGUUAAGAAUCCUCGAGUAUUGGAAUUUGAUAAUAAGAAGAAUUACUUUGAUCGACAAAUCCAUACGGCUAAGAAUGAAAGUAGUAAAUUAUCCAUAAACAUUCGUAGAGAUCAAGUGUUUUUGGAUAGUUACCGAUCAUUAUUCUUUAAGUCCAGUGAAGAAUUUAAAAAGGCUAAAUUAGAAAUUAACUUUAAAGGAGAAGCCGGGGUAGAUGCUGGAGGAGUAACUAGAGAAUGGUAUCAAGUACUUUCUCGACAAAUGUUUAAUCCUGAUUAUGCGUUAUUUACUCCUGUAGCUUCGGAUGAAACGACUUUCCAUCCUAAUAGAACAUCAUAUAUUAAUCCUGAACAUUUAUCCUUCUUUAAAUUCAUUGGAAGAAUAAUUGGGAAGGCUAUUUAUGAUGGAAGUUAUUUAGAUUGUCACUUUUCCAGAGCUGUGUAUAAACGAAUUCUUGGAUUUUCUGUAUCACUUAAGGAUAUGGAAACUCUUGAUUUAGAAUACUUUAAAUCCCUUAUGUGGAUGUUAGAAAAUGAUAUUACUGAUGUAAUUACUGAAGAUUUUUCAGUAGAAACUGAUGAUUAUGGUGAACAUAAAGUCAUUGAUUUAAUCCCCAAUGGCCGGAAUAUUCCAGUAACCGAAGCUAAUAAACAUGAAUAUGUUAAGAAAGUAGUUGAAUAUCGACUUCAAACAUCCGUUAGUGAUCAAAUGGAUAACUUUCUUAUUGGAUUUCAUGAAAUAAUUCCUAAAGAUUUAAUAGCUAUCUUUGAUGAACAAGAAUUAGAAUUAUUAAUAUCAGGAUUACCAGAUAUUAAUGUUAGUGAUUGGCAACUGAAUACUGUGUAUAAUAAUUAUUCACCAUCAUCAAUUCAAAUUCAAUGGUUUUGGAGAGCCGUUAAAUCAUUUGAUAAUGAAGAACGAGCUAAAUUAUUACAAUUUGCUACGGGGACUUCUAAAGUUCCAUUGAAUGGAUUUAAAGAAUUGAGUGGAGCCAAUGGUACAUGUAAAUUUAGUAUUCAUCGAGAUUAUGGUCUGGUGGAUAGACUUCCAUCAUCUCAUACAUGUUUUAAUCAAAUUGAUUUGCCAGCUUAUGAUACUUAUGAGACAUUGAGAGGGUCAUUGUUGUUGGCACUUACUGAGGGUCAUGAAGGGUUUGGAUUGGCAUGAGUAGUUAGUGUGAGUAGUGAGUAGUGAGUAGUGAGUAGUUAUAGCUAAGUAUAUGUAUAAUAUCUGAUAUGGUAGAGAAGAUGUAGAGGUGGUAGAAGUGGA